AUGGUAAUGGGAAAAGCUAGUCAUGACAUUAGCGUACAAAUAGAUGGAAAAGCUAUAAAACAAGAGGAAACCUUUAAGUAUUUAGUAGUACUGCUGAGCAGCAAUGGCAAUCAGGAGGUGGAAAUCAAGGCGAGAAUCGAAAGUGCAGCAAGAUUGUACCACAGUAUUAAAAAUACACUCAUAGGAAAGAGGGAAAUAUCAAGGAAAGUGAAGAUGAGCGUGUACCGAGCUGUUUUUACACCAAUACUUAUAUUUGGAAGUGAAAGUUGGACCGUAACAAAGAAAAUAAAAAGCCAAAUACAAAGUAUGGAAAUGAAAUUUCUGCGACGAGUAAUGGGUAUAACAAAAAUGGAUAGAAUCAGAAAUGUAGAAGUGAGGAAAGAACUAGAUAUAGAACCGAUCGUGAAUAAAAUAGAAAGGAACCAACUACGAUGGUAUGGACACCUAAUCAGAAUGGACAGAGAGACUCCAGUAAAAAGUGUAUGGGAAUCUAGAGUUCAGCACAAAAGACCAAGAGGAAGACCGACCGUAACGUGGAAUGAAAAUAUUGAGAAAAUUCUGCAGCAGAAAGGAGUAGGGUGGGCGGAAGCCAGGAUGCUCGCAAAAGAUAAGAAAAAGUGGAGAAACGUGGUGUACGAAGGACAUGUCCAUGAAUAA